AUGCCGCGAAACGAGCACCACGAGGACGACGUUUUGUACGUGACAAAGCCGACUCGCAACAUCCUGCUGGCUCUCGGCGCCUGGCCGUCCAUCGGCAAGGAGCGAUCCGCGUAUCCGAGAGCUCACAAUCUUCUGUUAAUCUGCAUAUCUUACACUCUUCUCUCUUGCGAUCUUCUACCGGGUAUCUUGUUCUCGCUGAUGGCCGAGACAACGCGCAUCCGUCUACACACAAUCCCUCUUCUUCUCUACGACUUUAUGUCGGCCAGUCAGUACGGUAUUUUUAUAUUCCGUCACAGUCAGCUCAGACGAUGCCUGAAGCACGUCGAGAAGGACUGGGAGACGAUCCUCAGCGCGGACGCGCGAGACAUCAUGCUGAGAUCCGCGAGAACGGGGAAACGUCUGGUCAUGAUCUGCGGAUUUUUCAUGUACAGCGGCGCCUUCACCUUUCGCACGAUUCUGCCGUUGUCUCACGGAAAAAUCGUCACCGAUCAGAACAUUACGAUAAGACCUCUGGCGUGUCCGGGUUACUUCUUUUCCCUCGACGUGCAAGUCAGUCCCGUUUACGAGACGAUUUUCGUAAUUCAGUGCUUGACAGGAUUCGUCACGGUCUCCGUUGCGACGAGCGCGUGCGGCCUCACUUCGAUCUUCGUGGUUCACGCCUGCGGUCAGCUGAAGAUUCUGAUUGAUCUGAUGAAGAGCCUCGUGCGAAAACAGUGGCGGGAAGAACAUGAAGUGGAUGACAAAUUGGCUGAGAUAGUCGAGCAUCAUGUGCGAGUGCGCAGUUUUUUGAAAAUGGUACAGCAUACUCUAGGAGAAAUAUAUCUGAUGGAAGUCAUGGUGAACACGAUAUCCAUUUGCCUCUUGGUGUAUUUUUUGAUGUUGGAUUUUCAAAAUAACAGCGUGACAGUUUUAGGCUCUUAUCUGUUAAGCAUUAUCAACUUGGUAAUUCACAUAUUUCUAUUUUGCUAUACCGGUGAACAACUCACCACUCAGGCGGAAAAAGUAGCUACCACGUCGUGCGAACUCGAAUGGUAUCGUCUUCCAGAUAAGAAAGCACGCAGCGUUGUGAUGCUGAUGGUAAUGUCUAACACACCGACCAAGAUCUCCGCUAGCAAAUUCGUCGAUUUGUCACUGAAAACAUUCGGCGACGUCAUAAAAACAGCUGGAGCGUAUUUUAAUAUGCUCCGAAAUGUGAUAGAAUAA